GAACAUGUUCCGUCAUAAACCUACGUCAUCAUUUCCGUUUCCGUACAUUGAACCAGAUGAAUCUUGUAAGGUUUUUAAUCGCUUUUUGUGUUAUUCCAGUGGUUUCAAUGCACUUUUAAAAUGCGUGGAUAACAAAGAUGAAGACGGGAUCUUCCCCUUGAAAACAAAAUGUAGCUAGAACGUAUACGUGAAUGCUUUUAUCUGCUGUAAGUAGCAUACAAUUUGUCUUGCUGUACCAAGUGUUUGACAACAAGGAGGCGUUUACGAUGGCUGUGCUGUAACACCAGUGUGAUUCAGUUUUGGUGCAUUGCCUGGCGAUGCGAUGAUGAUGUGCUGCUCGGGUGGGGUUAGACAUAGAAGAUCUUUGUGGGACGUUAAAACUUCCACACCUUGACUAAUGACGACCGCUGGCAAUCACUGAUUAUUUUCAUCUGCUCUGACUUGUGCAUGACGAAAUUCCUGUAAAAUUAGAAUUGUGGCUAUGGAGGAGAGUACUAAAGAGCUGAGGGAAGAGUGGACCUUGCUCCUCUGGACCACGGUUGCUGUUCUGGUCCCAGUGCUCAUCACACUGUGGUGCAGCUUCCAGCGUCCCAAACGCAAAGUUCCCCUGAAAGAUCUGUUACGAAAGAGCAAACACGGCUGGCACUGCACGGACCUGUUCAACAAGCCCACCUACUGCUGCGUGUGCUCUCAGCCCAUCCUGCAGGGGGCGUUCUGUGACUGCUGCGGCAUAUGUGCGGAUGAGGGGUGCAUACAGAGGGCAGAUCGCAUCCUCUCAUGUAAGGAGAUCAUGACCCAGAGUCAGACAGAUGGGAGGUUUCACCAUCAGUGGGUCAGGGGAAAUGUGCCCCUCGCCAGCUACUGUGCCAAGUGCAAACAGCAAUGCGGGACUCAACCUAAACUCUGUGACUAUAGGUGUGUAUGGUGUCAGACCACAGUGCAUGAUGACUGCCUUUCUAGUCUAAAUGAGGAUUUGUGUGAUCUUGGAGAGUUCCGCUCUGUUAUCAUACCUCCGUAUUACCUCUAUCAAGUCAACAAACUCCGCCGAAGACACCCUGAUGAGUACAGCAAGCUUGCUGCAGUCUGUGGGAGUGGCUGGACUCCCGUUCUGGUCUUGGCAAACACAAGAAGUGGCAACAACAUGGGGAACGUUUUGCUGGGAGAAUUUCGUACCCUCCUGAACCCCGUGCAGGUGUUUGAUCUUUCUGAGCUGCCUCCCUCUAAAGCCCUGCAGCUGUGUACUCUUCUGCCCCCAGGCAGCGUGCGUGUUCUGGUGUGUGGGGGAGAUGGCACAGUAGGCUGGGUUCUGGAUGCCAUUGAUACCAUGAAGCUGAAGGGUCAGGAUCAGUUUAUCCCUCUCGUGAAUAUCCUGCCGUUGGGCACAGGCAAUGAUUUAUCAAACUCUUUAGGAUGCGGAGCAGGAUAUGCUGGAGAGAUUUCAGUAGAACAGGUGCUCAGGAAUGUUUUAGAGGCCGAGGUAGUCAAAAUGGACAGGUGGAAAGUUCAAGUUGUCUCCAAAGGAAACUAUUUUCGUAAGCCAAAGGUGUUGUCCAUGAAUAAUUAUUUCUCAGUGGGUCCUGAUGCUCUCAUGGCACUGAACUUUCAUGCGCACAGAGAGAAAACGCCCUCCUUUUUCUCCAGCCGAAUCAUCAAUAAGGCAGUGUAUUUUCUCUAUGGCACCAAAGAUUGUUUAGUGCAAGAAUGUAAAGAUCUGGAUAAGAGAAUUGAGCUGGAGCUAGAUGGAGAACAUGUGACUUUGCCCAGUCUGGAGGGGAUAAUAGUGUGCAAUAUCGGCUACUGGGGCGGUGGCUGUAGACUGUGGGAGGGAAUGGGAGAUGAACCCUAUCCCCCAACACGUGUUGAUGAUGGUUUGUUAGAGGUGGUGGGAGUUUAUGGCUCAUUCCACUGUGCACAGAUCCAGGUGAAACUGGCCAAUCCUGUGAGGCUGGGACAGGCACAUACAGUACGGCUGGUGUUGAAGAGUUCUCGGAUGCCAAUGCAGGUGGAUGGAGAGCCAUGGGCGCAAGGUCCAUGCACCAUCACCAUUACCCAUAAGACCCAGGCCCUCAUGCUGUACCACAGUGCAGAACACACAGAUGAUGAUGACUCCAGUGCCUCAGAGGCUGAAGAACCCUCAGCCGAUCACACUGACACAGCUAGCAACACACAGGAAACUGUGACAGUGUCUUAGUUAGGCUGUAAUCAUUCUGUCUGUGCUUUUCCCACCCCAGAAAGUAGCACAGCAUGAAAGGAAGACACCCUGAUUUCAUAAAUGUAAAUGUGCAUAAUGUGCAUGUGCUGCUCUAGUAAUAACAUCUGCAGUAGUUAUUUCUGAGAGUUUAAAAGCCCCUUUCUCUCUCACGCACUGCUCCUGCAGUUCUCAAUCUGACCACAAGGUGUCUAUCUCUGUUUAAACAGGUUUGUAGAUUCGUGUGAAUAAUUUUUUUUUUCUCCCAGGGAGUGUUACCCGGAAGCUCAAAGAAGUGGCUCAGGUUUUAGAUAUUUAGUCCACAAUGGAAGUUAUAGUUUGAUGUAAGCAGAGCUCAGGCAAUCAUAAAAAAGAAAAUUCAGUCCAGUGGAGAAUGUAACAAAGCUGCUUGGACACAAUUGUUUUGCACUGAUCUUGAGUGCCACAGGUCUGUGAAAAUACAACUCACUGCAGAAAUCUUGUAUUUGAGUUGUAUAUGUAAAUGAAGCUGUGCAAUAAUUUUGUUUAGGUCCUUAUGUUUUGUAAACUUCUUUUGUGAAACACCUUUGCACUGCUUGAAUCUAGAGUGGAUUGUGAAUAGGCGUGCCAUUGAUAUCUUAUGUUGCAACUGUUCCACGUGUUAUUGGUUUAGUUUAUGAAAUGGCAGUAAAAUAUUUUAGAGCACUGGAUUAAGAUAACGUUCUUUUUUUGUUGUUCACAUAUGCUGAUUAUCAGGCAUUUUUGUUCUUUUAUUCAUUGUUCAUUUUCUCCACAUUUCCAUAGAGAUUUGUUACAUUUUUAUGCAUCCUGCUUGAGUAAAAUAGACUUUGCCUAGAAUAUAACCACCCUUAUAGGGUUUCUGAGUAUUUCCUUAAGUCCCACUCUUCCAAGUCUUUCUGCUUUCAGUGCAGUUGUAGCAUAAGAACAUUAAUGUUCUUGAAAACUAAGACAGCUUUUGGAGUGGUAGUAUGUAAUGUCACAAGUUUCAUAUAAUUAUAUCUACAUCUGUGGCUUUCCUUAUGGUAACUCUCCCAGAAGUAGUGUCACCUCUCUUUGCAGGAGUUAGACAUAUUAUCCAUUACAUUUUUUUUUUAUUAUUAUUAAUUUGAGGUUUUUGCUGAUGUAAUGUAUUUGAGCAUUUAUAAUUUGGUUUAGUUAAUUUCAUGUUUAGAGUGACUUUACUGAAACAAUCUUACAGAUUGUUAAAGAGAACUGUAAUCUAGAUGACAGCCAUUUUUCAUACAUAAUUUUGUUGGA